CCAGCGCCUCCACCCAUCAGCUGAGGCUCGUAGCAGGCGGCGCUCGGGCCCUUGGGUGGCCGGGCCAAAGAAGGAGAAGGAAGCCGAGGACGUCGGGGUGACUGCUUAGAAAACUGCACAGCCCACCAACAGCUGAUGAAAUUAGCGAACAAGCAAAUCAACUAUGUCUUACACUCCAGGAAUUGGUGGUGACCCCGCCCAGCUGGCUCAGCUUAUCUCUUCCAACAUCCAGAAGAUCACACAAUGUUCUGCGGAAAUACAGAGGACUCUGAAUCAACUUGGAACACCUCAAGAUUCACCUGAAUUGAGGCAGCAGCUGCAACAGAAGCAGCAAUAUACGAACCAACUUGCCAAAGAAACAGAUAAGUACAUUAAAGAGUUUGGAUCUCUGCCCACCACCCCCAGUGACCAGCGUCAAAGGAAAAUACAGAAGGAUCGCUUAGUGGCGGAAUUCACCACAUCACUGACAAACUUUCAGAAGGCGCAGAGACAGGCUGCUGAGAGAGAGAGAGAGUUUGUCGCUCGAGUAAGAGCCAGUUCCAGAGUGUCUGGUGGUUUUCCUGAGGAGAGCUCAAAAGAAAGGAAUCUUGUGUCCUGGGAAAGCCAAACUCAGCCUCAGGUGCAGGUGCAGGAUGAAGAAAUUACAGAGGAUGACCUCCGCCUUAUUCAGGAGAGAGAGUCUUCUAUUAGGCAACUCGAAGCUGAUAUUAUGGAUAUUAAUGAAAUAUUUAAAGAUUUGGGAAUGAUGAUUCAUGAGCAAGGAGAUGUAAUAGAUAGCAUAGAAGCCAAUGUGGAAAAUGCUGAGGUGCACGUCCAGCAAGCAAACCAGCAGCUGUCGAGGGCGGCAGACUAUCAGCGCAAAUCCAGGAAAACCCUGUGCAUCAUCAUUUUUAUCCUUGUUAUCGGAGUUGUAAUUAUCGGUCUCAUCAUAUGGGGAGUGAAAGGCUAAGAUUAUAAAGGAGCACACUAUUGCACUACAUUAUGUAAAUUAUGUAGGAAGAUUCCUUUAAUCAUGGUAGGUUUUUUUAAUUGUUAUUAUUUUAAAGCUGUUGCUUAAAGGAUGGUUCCCAUACUUUGUUAUUUUUAUUUGGGGGGAAGUUUUCUUUGGAUUAAAUCUGAUAUUUUCUAAUACUGAAAGUUUUUUAAAACAUCACUGCUGGCAUAGCUUCAUGCUUUUCGACCUAGUAACUGUUAGGUUUUUGCCCACAUUGUAUAUGCCCUUCAUUUAUAAUUUAUUUAUCCUGUUGACUUAGUUUUUGGAAUUAGUAAAUUUAAAGGUGUGUGUGUGUUCUGUGUGCACCUCUCUGUCACGGUGUAACAUGCACCCACGUUUGUGUUACUUCAAUUACAAAUCUUAAAUUUAAUUUUGUUUUGGGCCAGCAGAGGAAGUAUUGUCAAUAACUUUAAAAAUUAACAUUAUAUGUUUGUGUUUGGAGUUUUGUUUUUAUCUAGUUCACAGCAACACAAAUUGUCUAUUUAACUUUUACUGUUAUUUUUCUCUUAAGACCCUUGUUUAUUCUGAAUGAAAUCAGUGAAUAACUUCCUAGUAUAUCUCUUACUCCUGAUGUGUAUAUAGUAAGCAUUUGCUGUAGAUUGGCUAGUAAAAUACUAAGGAUAGAUUGUUUUUAUGUAGGUUCUGUUUAAGUCUGACGUUCGUUAGCAGGGGAUUGUGUGGUCACUAUAAAUAUUUAAUGUGAUUUGGAGGAAGAGUAUGACAGAUCAAUACCUAUUGUGUUAGAAUUCUAAAGAUCCCAACUUGUAUUUGGCUGUGUAUUUCCACAGCUGUUAUGAUGGAAAAUUAAUUACCUUUUCUUAUGUCCUAUAGAGUAAUAAAGAUUACCUUUGGGAAGUAACUUUCCCACAGUUACCGUUUUUGAGCACCUAACACUUAAAAUUCUGUUUCCCUUCAUAACAUUUUGUACCAUCCUUCAUUAGAAAGGGAAUUGGAUAUUCGCCACUUAACUCACUUGCCUUUUUUAAUCAAUGUUGUUUUAAUGCACUAAUCUGAAUACUGUAAAGAAGAUUAUCUUAGUUUAUAGUUUGUAUUUUAUAAUGUUCUUAUAUAGCAGUUUGAUAGUGAAGGCAAUGUUUUACAUGGCAAGCUAUGAGACUUCAAAUGGGAACAAAUAAAAUAUUAAGUAACUAAGUAAAUUGUAUCUUUGCAACCAAAAUAAAGAUGAUUUUAAAAAGUGUCUGGAUAGUUUUAUUUCAGGAGAACUCUGCUUCCGUGGGACUUGAUACUUACCUCACACUUUUGCCACUGCAAUCUCAACAGAGAUGUAACCACAUGGCCACCAUUCUGCAUCUUGCUGGAGUACCGGCGUACUCAAAGUUUUUAUUUUGGCAAUCUUAAAAGGUUUUGCCGCUAAUAGGUAGAAGCUGCUUUGCUUGUCAUCAAAACUCAAUUUUUUCCACAAAAGCGUAGUCUUGAUUAGAAAAAAUAAAAUGAAAAACAGUACAGUAGCCAGAUUUUUUAAGUUCUUAACAAAGUUUUUCUUUUGGUGAGUUUUAGAAUCUCUUUGGAAGGGUGAUGCUUACUUUCAUGACUGUCAGCAUAUCUGAAUCUGUUUGAGUUGAACUGAGUCUCAAACUGAAGAACUUUCCUUAUCAAGUGACACAUAUUGUUCAUUUUAGUGUGUUCUGAAGACAUACUUGAACGAUGCAGACUGAGAUUAACCAGCCUCUUUGCUUAAACCGAAUGACAGUGCGGCAUGAAGGGUUUGGCUGUUGUACUGGUCAUUAAAUAUUAUGAAAAUGUUUUGGUUUUGCACGAUGAUUAGUUGUAGAAAAAUAACUGGUGCCGUUUCAACAUAAUGCAGCUUGUUUUACUAGGCAUGGGAUCAACCCUAAAAAAAUACAGAUAUGGACACAGAUGGAGCUUGAUCUGAGACAGCAAACCAUGGAGGCAGCCUCUGGAGUCAGGCCCACUGAGUACACCGGGUGCCCAGAAGCUGUAUCUGUGUCGCUCACUGAGAACACUGCACUUGGAAGAGGUUGCCACUGGAUCCUUCUUCAGGGUCUUCACUGCUUUUGUUAAAAAAUAGUAAAAUCUGGGCUUCCCUGGUGGCGCAGUGGUUGCGCGUCCGCCUGCCGACGCAGGGGAACCGGGUUCGUGCCCCGGUCCGGGAGGAUCCCACACGCCGCGGA